UAAAGCUCAGCUCAUGAGAGGAAAUGAAGCAAACAGAGUUAUUAGUGUCUCACAAGGAGGUCUGUACCACUGCAGAGGAGGGAGAGGAGAUCCAGUUUACUACACAGAGGACAGCAGUGACGUCACAGUUACAGAAACUUUUCCCAAUAAGCCCACUGUGACCCUGCAGCCAUCCUGGACUCAAAUAUACAGAGGAGAGACGAUCACGGUCAGAUGUGAGAUCCAUGGAGGAGACACUGAGUGGGAUUAUGAGUGGGAAACAAACAUCAUGGCUGAGUCCUGGAGCCUCAGUAACUCUGAACUGUGAGGUUGAACAUCCGUCUGCAGGAUGGAGCUUCUACUGGUAUAAAGCUGUUCCUGAUCUAUCAGAGAAAUCCUCCAGUUAUGAGCUGCUACCUGAUGGCAGUCGGACUGCACAGGACUCCUACAUCAUUCAUGGACAGACACACACAGCAGGAUAUGUGUGCAGAGCUGGAAGAGGAGACCCAGAGUAUCACACUGAUCACAGUCAGCCAAAGUUUGUCUGGUCUGCAGAUGUUCAUUCAGCAGCGUCUCUCACAGUGAGUCCUGACAGAGUGCAACACUUCACCUCUGACUCUGUCUCACUGACCUGUGAGGGAAACUUCACUGAGUGGAGAGUGAGGAAGUUCUCUGAGGACGGCCGACUGUACUCUGACUGUAGGAGAAUGACUGGAUCCACAUGUAACAUCAACACAUCAAAGUCAGAUACUGCAGUGUACUGGUGUGAGUCUGGAUCAGGAGAGUUCAGCAGUGCAGUCAACAUCACUGUACAGAAUGAUGGUAAUGGUCCUAUCCUGGUGAGUCCUGUUCAUCCUGUGACUGAGGGAGCUUCUGUUAGUCUGAGCUGCAGUUUGAGAACACAAAAAAUACUUUCCAAUGUGUUUUUCUAUCACAAUGACAAACUUAUUCAAAAUGAUCCCCGAGGGGAGCUGAAGAUCUCUGCAGUGUCAAAGUCUGAUGAAGGUUUCUACAAGUGUCAGUACUCAGGAAGAGAGUCAGCACAGAGCUGGAUGUCAGUUAAAGUAACUGUGUCAGGAGCUGACGGCUCUUCAUCUCCUGUGUGGUUGAUUGUUGGACUGGUUUGUGGAGUCUCUCUCAUUAUUAUUCUCCUGCUCUUGUUGUAUCGCUGCAGAAGAACCAACAGUGCUGUUAAUGAGCAGACGUUCAAUCAACAUCAUCAGCAGCCAGUGUACUCCUCUCUUCUUGCUGGUGAUCGUUGUGUCUAUGAGAUAAUCAGAAGAUCUGAAAACUCUGACAAUGGUCCAGCAGAAGAUGUUUACGCCAAUGUCGCGUCUGUGAUUCAGCUCAAAGUCAUUAACAAGACAACAGGGCAACGUGGUGACGCAGAGGAGAGCUCUGACUACAAUAAUGUCAAUCUGUCAGGGUGCUGGGUCGUUGACCAAACAUUCUGAGGUUAUUUUGCUUUUGUGAGUCUCUCUGUGAAAGUGUGAAGAUGGUCUAAGUUUAAGUUUAUACAGUUUAACCAGGAGUUUAGUUCUUUCUAUGUUUCUGAGUUUUCUUGUAUUUCCAGUUUAUGGUUUGUUGUCUGUGAGGUUCCACUUGUGUUUUUGUCUCAUCCCUGUGUCGCUUGUGAGAGUCUGUCAUGUCAUCCAUGUUUCUGCUCACUCGCCCUCCGUGUGUCUUAGUAGUGUCAGUGUGUUUUGUCUUCUCCUUCUGUUUCAUCUUUUGUCUCCCUGUUUGUUUAUCCCUGUUUCUGCAUCAAGCUCGUGUGUUCAUGUACUUCCUGUUUUAUUUUGACAGUAUUUCAUCCCGUGUUCAGUGUGUUUGGUUUGGCUUCCCUGUCUCGUUACAUUCAAUUCAUCAGAGCUGUUUUCCAAUGUGUUUCCACUUCACUGAUCAUCUCUCAAUCCUUCAAAGGUGUGUCGAGGUAUUCCCAGUGUUCCACGUUUUCUGUUAGUUUAAGUUUUAGCUUUCCCAGUUUAGUUUUUUUUUCUCAGUCAGUUCUUUGUUUAUUUUUGGAUAACCUGAUUUGGUUCAUGUUUGUUUCCAGCCCUGAAAAACGUUUUUUGUUAAAAUUUUGAUUUUGCCUCUAGUUGUCUGCAUUUGGGUCCUUACAAAGAGCCACACAGUCUGCAGCCACAGAUUGUGACAAAAUCCAAAUUUAGCCACAGCUCUAAAAUCUUAACAGCAGCUCUUUAGCUGUUUUUCUCUUUAAAGUCUCUUAAAUACUUGACGUCACUUUGAGUGAAAAGGAGAAGAUUUUGAAUUCAAAGCAAUGAUCCUGAUAGCCUGAGUUUAUAUUUCCUUCAGAAAGAAUCACUCAGUGUGUUUCACUUGUUUCUCUCCCAUUAGAUAAUUUUUAUUUACUUUAAUAUACUGUAGAUCUUUUUUAUCUUUAUAAUAUAUUAAAAUAAAAUAAAUAAUUAAAAAGUCU